CCUUUCAAGAGGUAUAAAUAGAAACUCGUCGACCGUUUAGAAAAACAGUCUCACACAGCCGAACAAUCGCCAACAUGCAGAAUUACUUCCUUGUCCUGAUCCUGGCGGUCGCUUCCGCCCACACUCUGCUGAUGGAUGAGGAGCCCAUGGAUUUCUCGCGUGAACGCCGUCAAGUUCCUUCGUUCGACCAGGAGCCGGAAGUGAUCGAGCCAUCGGCCGACACAUCGGUGGUCGAUCCGACCACCAAGCAGGUCCUGCCACUGACGCCCCAGCCAUACUCUGAGGACUGCGUCUACACCUACAACCGACAGUUCCUCGGCUUGGUCCUCUACGUCAGGAUUAACGUGGGCAGCGCCUUGGUGUGCGGCAACGAGAUCUGCAGCAGCGACUCGAGGUGCACCCACUUCACGUACAAUCCCCUCCUGAACGGAGGCACUUGCACGCUCUACAGUCAGCCGUUAUCGGGCGGAGCCUGGUCCGUUCCCACUCCGCCGUCGUCCCGCAUCAUUUGCGGUCACAUCCCCAAACGAUCCUGCAGUCCCAACGCUCUCAUUUCCAUCUGCCUCGGUCUCGAUAUCGGUCUCGAUCUUGGCCUCGGUCUCGGUCUUUUGGGUAAAAAGUAAAAACUGCUGGAAAAUGAUCAGAAUUUGAACUGGACAGGAUUUUGACUGGUGGAGGGUUUAGUCUUUGUUUCUAUUAUUGGUGAUGGACUAUUAAAUAAACGGGAAUAAUA